AUGUGCUGUGAUUACACCGAGUACCGAGUACUUCACCAACCGGAAGACUUGGUACCGCGUGGUAGCGCUGAGCUUUGCAGUGGCUGGAGUACGCACAGCACCGCACAGCAUAGCAGGCAAAAGCCGGGGCCACCUGGACAGGCAAUCAAGCCAUUGGCGAGUCCCCAGAGAAAUUGUUGGCUGCCUCAGGACGCGCUAGCCAAGAGCUGA